GACCCCACUUAUUAUUAUUACUAUUAUUAAAGGCUUCUAUAGAGAUAAUCAAAUGUAAUUCUAACAAGGUGAAUAUCCUUCGUCCAUGGGCGUGAAGUGACGUGCAUGUAUUGCACAAGUCAUUACAGUCCUUAAAUGAGGUAUUUAGGGUUUAGGGUGUCGACUUGGACACAAAAUUUAGGUCUUUGAAUCAGUUCGUGAUGACAGUGUAGGCAUAGUCUAGCUCAUUUUUGUUGCGUGAGACGGGCAUUUCUGCACGCAGAAUUCUCUUAGACAUGUGCGAGGAGGGUCUUUGUGGAACCCGCACGCGGUGACACCUAGGAGAUGCUGUAUAAUGUAUUGAUUAAUGAUCUCGUGCGAAAAAUCCAUCUUAUCAAGAUGCAGUCGUCUGCCUCCAACAGGCGCUGCUAGUGUAGUGGUAUCAUAGUACCCUCGGAUACUCGGCUAGGAAUUGCCUUGGGGGCUCCGUGAAACGCGGAGCCGCGACUCUAAACCUAGAUCCGAAAACUCAGGGAUGUUGAUUAGUGCGUAAUCGAGCAGUUUAAAUGGGGUCUUUCGAGUAGUGAUACUAUCAGUGAUACGAAGUGCAUCUGCAGCAGCACACUUCAAUCCAAAUACAGGUCAAAUUCGGUAGAAUGGACAUGAAUUCGGGAACUGGUCGGGUUAGAGCACCGCAGAAGGGCAAUCUUUUUGUCAAUCAAGCAGUAGCAGAGCCAAUAGGUAGCACAGAUGAGAGGAUACCACAUGAGCAGAUAUCAGCACAGGGAGCCAUCAGAAGUCGGCGGGCACUUAACACCUAUUCGAAUAUCAGACAAGGAUCCGAAUCACAGGAAUUCAGGGAUGCGCUCAAGGAGAACCUACACACCCACAAGAAUCCCAACGACCAACAACCGGAGAGACUCCUCCUGUCGCAAGAAGCGGCCCGGACAACCGGAACGCCAGCAUACUGGAUAAGCACACGCACACAGGUAAGUGCGGAAACCCCUCCUCAUUUAACUGCUUCACAGGAGGAUGCAGAAUGUCGUACACCGGACCAGGACAACCGGUCUACAGGGAUUCAAUAUUACUCACAAACGGCAAAUACAAUAUUCCCCCUGAGCAAGGAGGAGGGAGAACUUUUGGAACCCCAAGGAGAUUCAGACCUAGAAAUAUUCCAGGCUAUUAGGAACCAAGUACAGAAUCGAAGGCGAACUAGACAACAACUCCUAAGUAAGUACCCACACCUGGGCCUGUCCUUUACCAACUCGGAAUGUGAAGAAAUAGCAGCGUUGGUGACAAGAGUAGCCCCAGAUUUAUCAAGAUAUCUUCAAACAUACUACCCGGGCCCUCAUAGCGAAACAAUACCCAUAUCACAGAACAAAGACAAUCCCAAAGAGGUACUCACACCCAUCUUAGAGGAACCUUGUACUAGACAGACUUCAACCACAGAGACAACAGAACAAGCCAAUUUGGUACCCAUUAGUUCACAAGAAAAGGAACGCCCCCCACCCGUGCGUAUUACUAUGACUGCAGACAGGGUGCAGACAUACCAGGAAAAAAUGAAAAAUCUCACCAACUACAUGGUCAUGGGACACAUCUCGGGCCGCACACCCGGUGCCAAGAAACUAUCCAUGUGGGCCAAAGCAAACCUACACAGAUCUUUCCAUCAACUAACUAUCCGAUCCAACAACUACUUCGAAACCCAGUUCUCUCAGGAAGAAGGUCGGUUGAGUACGCUAGCGUCACAAGGUAGUACCCUAGAGGGGGGGGGGAUAUAACGUUCUACAGUUGGAGUCCAUACUUCAAUACAGAUCACCCGCUCAAUAAAUCAGGACUAAAGAUUGGAAUCUGGGCACAAGUUAGAGAAUUACCUCCAUUUCUUCGAACUUGAGAGUUUCUGAGAGAAACCUUUGAGAAUUUUAGCGAAGUGUUAUUCGUAGAUGAUACGGACACAUACCUUACCAGGCUAUCAGGACCCAGAGUACGCAUCCUUACGAGCAAUGUAGAAGCCCUACCCCAAUCCAUAAUUAUUCCAAGUCUAGAUAAUGAGGGAGAAAUAGAAUACUCCCUUGAAUAUAGCGGUCUUUCCACACAAUGUAGUAGAUGUCGAUCGUUUGACCACUUGGUACAAAAAUGCCAAGUAGCACGACGACCAGCAACCGAAAGACAGCACACAAAACGCACACAACGGAGCAAUGGCAAGUCACAGAACACAAACACAACAAGGGCUGUAGAUGGGAACACGACACCAACCCCACAUACAAACCCACACAAGGGACCGAACACUAAACAACCUACUUUCGUUUGGCAACCGAAACGGGAUCAUCAGAGCAGCCAAACCUCUACAGAUACACUCCAGGCAGGGACAUAUGGAUACAGAACACCAGAUCUACACACAAACUUUUGGAGAGCUCUAUCACCAAGUCAGAUCUUGGAAACUACAGCCUCUGCAGUAAUAGUCACGGGAUUUUACAGAGAGAACAAAAACCUCCUAGAGGUACUCAUCGAGACCGAGGGCACCCAAAAGAAACCGGAAAACAUAUUCACGCUGACACAUGGACAAGGGGAAAAGGAAUGGACCCAAUUAUCAGCUCGUACUCAUGUCGUCAAUGAGACCAUGCUUCACAUGUGAGGACAAGUCGUGUUGAAACACAAACAUGUCAACCCACUCCGGGUGUGGGAGGACGCGUGCUGGCUCUUCACAUGGUCAAAAUCAACCACACACCCACCUUUAUGCACAAUCACAGCUUCAAUCAAAUACGAUGAGGAAGUCUGUGCACCGCGUAACAGCACCAGGCAACAGUGGGAAGUACUCCCCAAGAACAUACAGGAUUACCUCAGGCGAUUCACACAGGACAAAACACAAGCCUGGGACUUAGAUUCAAACGAACUACCAGCCUUCAUGGGCUAUAGUUUUCCAGGGGCUACAACGUCACAGCACAACAUACUGUACUGAAUCAUAAAGAUGAUAUAGAAGGGAAGUCCGCAAUCCCAUAACCGGACGUGAUAGAUGAAUAACCACCUUACUCUCACGUCGCUAAACGUACAAGGACUAGGACGCGACAUCAUUGGAGUCCGUAAACGACGUGAGAUACGAGAUUUCUUCCAGAAAUCUCAACCCAAACCAGAAAUAAUUCCGGUUCAAGAGCACAAGUUAUCACUAGAAGAAGGGAAGAGGCACACAAAACAGAUUGAAUUUGCAAGAGGCGUCUCUCUCUGGAAUGAGGCAACCUAUUGCGCUCAAAAAAAUAGCUUUAAGGGGGGCACGGGGAUACUAUUAUCAGAAAAAAUAGCAAGCCUCAUCUGCGAACAUGGGGUCAUAAUGAAAGGAAGGGUUCAGUACGUUACCCUCCAAUGGACAUCCUUUCUGAAAAUCGGGAUUAUAAAUGUUUAUGCAUUUAACUAUACUGGAUCUCGAUCAAGGUUAUGGACUAAAAUACGACACUAUCCACAGCCUGAAGCCCACUGGAUCCUAGGCGGAGACUUCAAUAUGAUAGAUCAAUUAGAUGAUAAAUAGGGAGGGCAAGACACCAUCUGCCGUGGCCAAAGAGAACAAGUAGCCUGGGGAGACUUACAGGUACACCUAGGCCUUCAGGAUAGUUUUAGGCGGACGAAUUCAGGAAACUAUCCACGAAGAAGUUCUCCUGGGAUAAUAGACGUAAUGCCCCAGGAAUGAUAGAUUUUACUUAAACCAUAUUCUUAUCCAACUUGGAGGGCAGACUGCCAUCUGGCCUUCCCUUACGCACGUCUCAGACCACGCACCUGUAGUCUUAAAAAUUCAUCAGCAACAUUUUAGAACACAAAACCAACCGGCCUUCAAUAGGCAUCUAUUGGAAGAUGACAACGAAAAGACAUUGUUGCUGGCAGAAUGGACUAGGGCUAUGGCACUGAACUCGGACAAAACUUGGAAUGCUCGGUUUGUCGAGGGACUGAAAACGCUUAAAUACUACAGCGAUCAGAAAACAUCAGCUUACCGAGCACAACGCAGUGAAGCCUUCACAACACAAUUAACACCGGUAAUUGAAGCUGAACAAGCCCUACAACACAACUGGAAUGACCAGUGGGCUAAGGACACCCUUAACUUAGCACAAAUAGAACUCCAUAUGCAACGUCAAAAACUGCUAGAAUCCAAGCAUGACAGACAUAUGUCUGAAUGGACACGCAUCGGUGAUCGAUGCAACCGGGAAUUUUUCUAAUUCCAUACGGGAUAUAAGAAACCGACCUUGAUUAGUGAACUCAUAGACGACGGAAGAUCACUCACCAACCAAGAGGAGAUGCAAUGUUAUGUUGACUCCUUUUACAUUCGACUCUACACGCGAGACUAAUCAACAAUCAACAAGCUAGAUUAGACUGCCUCAAAAGCGUCUCCAGGUGUGUUACAGAAGACCAAGGAAGGAAACUCACACAGUGCCCUACGCUACAGGAGGUAUACGACGCAGUCAAGGGUCUCCCCCCGAAAAGCCCCCGAAAUCGACGGAGUCCCUAUGGAAUUCUUUAAAACUUUUAUAGAAGAAUUAGGGCGAGAUCUCCUCGGACUAAUCAAGGAAAUAUUCGAAACCAAAAAGUUAUGCCGCUCGUUAAAUACAAGUAAGAUCAGCUUGCUUCCAAAGGGAGGUGAGUUGGUAUUUCUGAAUAAUUUCCGACCCAUCUCCAUACUUGGUGCAGUGUAUAAAAUAGUGGCCAAGCUGAUAGCUAAUAGAAUGAUUCCCUAUCUCCCUACCUGGAUACGAAGCUCCCAGACGUUGCAUCUUCGACAACAUCUUUAUGACCCAAUCCUCAAUAGAUUGGGCUUUAGAAAGCAACCAAGAUCUCAUCCUCCUGCUCUUGGACUUUGAAAAAGCCUAUAAUAGGAUAAGCUGGAAUUUCUUGAGAGAAAUCAUGUUACACAUGGGAUUUCCCACUGACUGGGUCGAACUAGUUAUGACAUUAUACUCUGAGGCCUCUGCUAGAACUAUGCUAAACGGGGUACCUGGGGAGCAGUUCUCUCUACAACGUUCUGUGAGACAAGGGUGCCCCUUGGCACCCUAUCUAUACCUUCUUGUCGGAGAUGUGUUAGGACACAUGCUCUCGGAUCCUGAUCGAUCCUUGGUAGGAUUCACUCUAUCGGAUGGUAAAACAACAACAAACUAAAUGUAUGCUGAUGACUUGGCACUCUACAUCCAGGGAACAGAGCAUAAUAUAGAUAAUGCCAUGGGAAUACUGAAUAUCUACUGCAAGGGGAGUGGCGCUAAAAUAAACUGGAGUAAAUCAUAUGGAAUCUGGUCAUCAAGACAACCCCGCUCGUGGCAAUGGCUACUAGAUCCGGGUCUUAACUGGCUACCACCUGGCUCUACCACCAAAUACCUUGGAUUCCCAAUUGGGGCCUUAGCACCGACAGAAGUCAUCGCUUAUAAAGUGAUCCAAAGCUUGACUGUAGGCCUCUCAGUUUGGGAAUCGAAAAACCUAUCCCUGGCCUGAAGGUUCAUGAUUGCAAACUAGUCAAUAUUAGCCAUAAUUUGGUUUCUGUGUUCAGCAACCUCAAAUACUACCUUCAAAACGAUUAGAGCACUCACACGGAACUUCAUUUGGGGGGCCAAGCUGGGUAAGAAAACGAGGGCAAAGCUAAGCUGGACACUCUUGAUUCAAACAGUAGCCUCGGGAGGGGUUAAAAUACUAGAUCCGAAACUUCAAACCCAAGCGCUAAUGACAAAAUUAGUAGUUCAAAGUCUUCAACCAGGAUACGAACCGUGGAAAGUCUUUGCAAGACACAAUCUAGGAUGUACAAAACCCACUGGGGCGGGAAGAUGGCCCAGAUACAUACAUUGGAUCAACGUAAGCCGAACAGCACCUAUAAGAUCCACCCCUCUAUGGCAAGCAACGUUUCAAUCUUGGUAUUCAACUAAAUCCGACCUACAACAGAUUGCCCCAAGACAUCCAACAGAGGUCCUUAGACAGCCGCUAUUUGGAAAUACAUUGAUUAGACAACAUUCUGGCACCCUCUUUGGCAUUGAAACCGAUUCUAGAUUUUAUACAUGGACAAAGAGAGGUGUUUUUCAGAUUAAAGAUGUGGUAUUACAGCCAACCAGACAAUGGCACACAGAAAACUUCAUCAAGUCAGCUACAGGCUCAUGCACAACAGCAACACAAUGGGCAGCACUUAAACGGGCUAUUCCUUGGAACCCUCCUUCUCAGACUCCUCUAAAAACAGGCUAGUGGAUAACACGCACAACCUCAAGUAUUGAUACCAUAUACCAGACACAAAAAAAAGAUGGAAGAGAGUGGUUAUGUUAAGUCUAUAUUGUCCUACCUUCAGAGGAAAUCAAAUCCAUUGACAAUUGACUACAACUGCUACCACGAGGUAACCACCAGCAUGUCAAAAUCAUUUGAACAAUGGGAGCUAAAUGUGGUGUGUUAUCAUAUAACCCGGAAACUGUGACUGAAGAUGAAAGAUUAUGGCUCUUCGGUACAGUUCCUAUUAGUCAACUAAGGUGGGACCCUAAGGACUAGCAAUGGGCCAGAUUGGGAUGCCUCGAACCUUGCAAUUUCUUUCAAUAUACAACCAAGCGAGGACAUCGAGAGGCUCUUAGGAAAACAAGCAAACAAAUGCGUGGUCUCAAAGCUUUGGAGGCACAGGGUUACUCAUCUAAACAACAACAACAACUAACACAACGGAUCUGGCAUCCCUGGAUACCUCGCAAGAUAGCAGCCAUGCAAUGGCUGUACCUUGCGGGAGGCUUACCAAUAGGAGAAUGGAGAGCUAAAGCUUCAUCAGCGAGUACAUGUAGACUUUGUCACUCCGAAGAAACAGAAACAAGUGAACACGCAUUAUUCAACUACCCAAGGGUUGCACCUACAUGGAAGUACCUCAAAACACUUCGAUCCCAAAGUCACCUCCAAAUGACUACUCACAAUGGAACAACAUCCGAUUUGGUUUACUAAAUCUACCUGGUAACACAGACAUUGCCUAGACAUCUUCAUGGGAUGCAGGAGCUAAGAUACAAGUUAACGAUAAUACACCAUGGGAUAUACUACGAGCUAGUCUUAACUGGAAUAUUUGGGUUCAAAAGUGUGAAGAAGAACUGAACGGCCAUCUGUUUUUGCUCGGCAAAGUUUUGUUCUACUCGUGGAAAACAGUAAUCCAUGUUGGUGCAGAGGUAUGGCGUAGCAUUUUCAGACAUAAACGCAGCCAAGACAAGAUCACCGAGCUAACAACCCUUUUCAACACGGUCUAGACUCAGCAAGGAGUUUUUGCCACCGGUGGUAAUCCACCGUAUUGGAAAUGGCUUCCACCAUCCGCCUUUCUUCCACACGACCUAGCACAAGCUGUCCUUCAAAUGCCAUUAAGGCCAAGGCAAACGAUCUCCUCGGAUGAGACAACAAGCUCAAAUUCCAGCAGAGAGUUAUCCUUGGCUAUAGAUGAUCUUUUUUAUGAGGUUGACAGAGGCAUACAUGAACAACAGAUCAAGUUCUCUAAUCCGACACAAACACCCCCUUCUUCACGAAUCGAGGACAUCCUCGAACAAGCAGAGGUAAUCAAAGCAAUUCUGAUGGAGAUGGCCAGUAAUCUACAGUCAACACAAUUGACAAUAGACAGUAACCUACCCCAGACCCAACUUAACGAAGAAGAAAUGGAAAGAGAGGUCGAAGAGAUACUAACAAAUAUGGAAUACGAACGACUCGAUCAACCUCCAGACUCACCCCGAACGACUCAACGCCAACAAAGAAUUAACGAAGCUAGACAGAGAUGGUAUGAUGCAGUGCCAUAUGGACCAAAAGAUCUCAUCCACCUAGUAGACUCAGCCAGGCGAAACCCAUCGUUCCGAGGCAGCAUUACUGCCCUAGAAAUUUAUGCAGCCACAGGUCAGCACUUGCAUGGCGACAACUUUCAAAGAUGGAUGGCAGACGGGCGUCAGUACUUUGACCUAGGACCAAGACAUCCAAGAUGAUGACACAAAUAUCUACAGUGUAAGGAUACUAAUAAAACCUAAGACCAUUUUCAAUUAGUACCAGUUAAUCAAUCUUGACUUAAGGAUAUAAGAAUAGGCAUGCAACGGAUCUUAAUCCCAGGAAUGGCAUAUGCCGACAACGACCAAUCGUGGGACUACACGUGCCAAGGCUCUUCUGUAAUGCACUUCGGUGCUUGUUUUUAACCCCGGUGGAAAUUUCACGGCAUCAUAGUACCUUCCCACGGUACUGACCGGGGUUCGAUUCCCCGGCUACGCAAAAUUUUUCGCCUCCGCGUGUGAGGCAGCGUCGGCUAACCUGAUCUCAGUUUCAAGUCUCCCUUUUGGCGGCAAGGGAGCAAAGAUUCAAUGCGUAUUUAGUCCGUGCUUUUACGAUCUAGUGUACUUCAGUGAAUGACAUUCAAGAAUGAGUCAGUAAUGAUGGAUGACAUUUGCCUUCUUUACACAGUCAUCAAAUUCGUUAGUUUUUUGUGAGAUUACUUUCUUUAGUUUCUAAGAAUUGUUUUACUGGAUGGAGUUCGUGGUGUUUUCUUUUUUCUA